CUUAUUAUGUAGAAAUAUUCGCCAUGUUGCUAGAUGUUGCUGUUGACCUCCGCGUGUGCUGCUAAAUUAUAAUGUGACACCUGAAGAAGUUCAUAAUUUUGAGCAUUUUUGGAAGCUCCAUGAGAGGAUAGCAAAAUGUCAUUAGCUCUAAUAGGACGCCGCUUGGGUGCCAGCUUCUGGUGUGGGAAGUGGAGCAGACUUCAGCCCGUAUCCCAGAGGUUUGUCUUCUCCGGCCAUCAGAUCUGCUGCUCUCUCUUUUUCACGAAAGGACGGAGUUGCCCUCUGCCUCCCAGAUACACAGCAGGUUCUCUCAUCCGAGCCGAAUCCAUCCACUCUUCGUCACAGAGACUGAAGAAACGGCAGCCGGAGGAAGCUCCUCCACGCGAACUUGACUUGCUUCGUUAUGAUCUGAAGGUUCUAAAGAGUGCCCCCAAACCGGCGCUGUAUCUAGGGUUUUCCGGUCUCCUACCAUUUGUAUCUGCUCCGUUACUCAUGGCUGUCACAGAGACGUACAUUCCCGAAUUAGCUUAUGCGCAAGUUGUGUAUGGCGCCUCCAUCGUUUCCUUUCUCGGCGGCGCUCGCUGGGGCUUCGCCUUACCCGAGGGCAGCCCUGCGAAACCCGACUGGCUGAACCUAGCCAACAGCGUCGUUCCCUCUAUAAUAGCAUGGGUAGCUCUGCUGUUCAGCCACAACAUUGUCCAGUCAAGCAUGAUGGUGAUCAUGGGCCUGGGAAUAUCGCUGCAUUACGACCUGGCCCUUUUACCCACGUACCCCAGCUGGUUCAAGGCAAUGAGGAUGAUCCUCACUACAGUAGCUUUCCUCUCUUUACUGGCCACUAUAGUUCUUAAAGGAUUCUAUCCAGAGAAGAAAUAUCUGACCCAGGAAUGAUUCUUAUUUAUAUGUAAAUCUUACUUUAACUUCAUAAUGUAAUAAAUAUUAGAGCCCUUACCUGCCAUACCAAGCCAGUUUCCCUUCAGAGAAAAUCACAUUAUACAAUUACACAAUUAACACAAUUGUUUCCAUGAAUUAAAAUAAUUGUGGAGCCAAGAGGUACAGGUUUUACACAUGUGCAAGGUUUAAUUACUGAUAUUAUUACUAAAUGACGUUGUCACACCUUAGAAGUGAGUUCAGUUGAAUGCUUCAAAUGUUGAUCAUUCUUAUGCAAUAACAUUUACAACAAACGGCAAAUAAAUGAUCCUGCUUA